AUGUCACAGACUCCCGUGUCACUCGCGGUUGUGAAUCUUGCUGGUUCUUAUUCAGGCCAAGAAGCAGCAGCAGCAGCUAUGGCGAAAAGUAGCCAAUCAACUGUGGCAAUGACCGCGUUCGAUCUGCCGUUUGAGAUAACGACGGAAAUCCUAUCGAGAUUGCCGGUGAAAUCCCUCUUGCGAUUCAAGUCCGUUUGCAAAACCUGGUAUGAUCUUAUCAAGAACCCUGAUUUCAUUUCCAAACAUAUAACCCAGGUCACUCUCAAUUCCACCUCUCUCCUAGUGACCACUUUUGGUGAAAUCUCACUAAUUUACAACGACGGGUUUAGUAACGGCCCUGUCAAUCUCGACUUCCCUUUUUUGCAUGAUAAUAGUUGCACUUCGGAGUGUGAUUGUAAUGGGAAAAAUUACUUUUCCAUUGCGGGUAUCUGUAAUGGUUUGAUUGCUAGUGCUUCCAUUCAAGUCAAUAUCCGAGCUGAUCUGUAUGUGAUGAGCACCGGUACCUGGACGGAGAUCGAUGUUAAUAAGCUUUCGUUGUUGUUUGGGGAGUUGAAUGAAUUGGGGGAGUAUGAUAACCCGUUGCGAAUUGGUGCAAAUUCUGCUUCAGCAGUCUUGAAGGGAGUAUUCUAUUGGCCGGCACGCCCGGUAUUUCGGGCACGUUUAGCCCCAGUUGAUCAACUUCUUGUUGUGUCCUUCAACAUGGGUACUGAGGUGUUUAAAAGAAUAAGAACACCAGAGUGUUUUGAUGGGACUUGGGAUGAAACUAACUGGCAUUGUGUGGAACUAUAUGAUAAACUUGCUCUUGUUGUUUCUCCUAAUGAAAUGAGCUUUGAUGUGUGA